AUGAAGGCUACGCUCGCCCUAUUUGCACUUUCCUCAGUGGCUCUUGCUGCGCCAGUUGCACAAGACGCCAAGCGUGAACAGCUCCAAAAUCUCUUCUACGUCCCUGCCGGAGCUGAGGGCGAGACUCCAGCCAAGCGCGAGCAGCUUCAAAAUCUCUUUUACGUCCCCGCCGGUGCCGAGGGUGAAUCACCGGAAAAGCGUGAAGCUCCCACCAAACGUGAACAGCUGCAGAAUCUCUUCUAUGUGCCCGCUGGCGCUGAGGGUGAAACACCAGCAAAGCGUGCAAAGCGUGAGCAAUUGCAGAACCUGUUUUAUGUACCUGCCGGUGCGGAAGGCGAGACUCCAGCCAAGCGUGAGCAAUUGCAAAACCUCUUUUAUGUUCCCGCUGGCGCUGAAGGCGAAACGCCAGCCAAACAGUAA